AUGUAUUUCCUUGGUCUCAUUCUUACUGCAGUUCUACAAACAUGUAAAGGAUGUCUCUCUGUUGCAGAGGAAGGCAAAAUUGUGGAUUCAACUGUGAAACUUACCAAUAAUAUGACUCUCAAAUGUGUCUAUCCAAAGACUGCAACUAUAACCCAGAUGUCAUGGAUUAAGAGCAAAAGGAAAGAGGCAAUUGCAGUCUUCAGACUGCCUCAUGACCUACAUAUUACUAGCACAUAUGAAGGCAGAGUAAAUAUUGUUAAUCAUACUGUAAAUGAUAAAUCCUUGGUUUUCAGCAGUACCACUGAGGCAGAUGUUGGCUUAUAUGUAUGCUCGUUUCAGACCUUCCCAUAUGGGAUAUGGGAAAAGAAGGUACAGGUUGUCCAAUCAGGGAACUUUACGCCUCCAGUCUCAGCAGGUUCCCAUAUCAUUACUGGACCAGGGAAGAAUGUCACAUUUAGAUGUGGGACUGCCCCUGUGAUAGCAAUGAAACAUGUGACAUGGGAAAGGGCUCAUGAAGGCACUGUGGAUACCAUAGUCAAAUGUACUCAACUCAGUCAAUCAGUUCAUGGUUCAGAUUACGAAGAACGGGUAGAGAUCAAUUGUUCUACCCAGGCAAACACAAUUGUACUUUGGAAUGUCACAGCAUCUGAUUCUGGAAUGUUCCGCUGUUGUUACAUUGGAGCUUCAGGUGAAUCUGGAGUUCAUUGGACAAAGUUGACCGUCACUGUCAACGUUCCUUCGGAUUACAAGAUGAAUAUCGUUGCCAUAGCUGGAGGUGCUGGAGCUGGAGCUGCCGUCUUGCUACUAAUACUCAUCUUGUCCAUUGCUGCAGCUGUUGUUCACCAUAGGAAAAAGAAGAGGAAAAGGAUCAUGCCGCCAAAAGUCUUUCUUACCACUCAGCCCCAGCACUUCUGUGGCCGAAUGAAUGCAAGUGAAAGAGAAACUAUGACUGCAUCUGCCACAAAACGGGAGGCGAUCUAUGUCAACUACUCAGGUGGACAAAAAAUGCGACACUUCUGUGGCCGAAUGAAUGCAAGUGAAAGAGAAACUAUGACUGCAUCUGCCACAAAACGGGAGGCGAUCUAUGUCAACUACUCAGGUGGACAAAAAAUGCGAGUGUGA